CAUGUGGUGGACGAUAGGACUGCUGGUGGCACUGACUCUCUGCCUUCAAUACUCGGCGGGGAUAAAAUGGCUCGGCCUGGUCAAACUGAAUGCCACGGCGUGGAAUAACACGAAACUAUGCUCGCAAAUGAAAUCUCGUGGUAUGACGUCACAACAGGUAGCGCUAUGUCGUAACAACUUGGAGCUGAUGCCACUGUUAGUCAGUGCAGCGACUCAGGCAGUGUACUCGUGUAAGGACCGGUUUAAGGAGAGACGCUGGAACUGCUCCUCAGUUCUACUGGCACCCCGGUUUAACAAAGAUCUGACCUCAGGUACCAGAGAGCAGGCGUAUGUGCACGCGCUGUCGUCUGCUGCAGUGGCCCACGUGGUAUCUCGGUCAUGCGCCACAGGUGCUCUGAGCCAGUGUAACUGCGGGGCUCUUCCCACGACCCCAGCGCCACCCACUUUCAAAUGGGGCGGAUGUAGUGACAAUGUCCGGUAUGGUAUAGGCUUUUCUGAGACGUUCUCCGAUGCUCCUUGGCUGACAGCAAGGAGGCGAGCCAGGAAUUCUAAGAAGGCAACGAUGAACAGGCAUAACAAUGCCUCUGGAAGAAAGGUUGUACUGGACAGUUUAAGUACAACGUGUAAGUGCCACGGGGUAUCUGGCUCGUGUUCGGUGAAGACAUGCUGGCGUGCGCUGCCCAAGUUCAAAAGUAUUGCAGAGAUGUUGAUGACAAAAUAUGGCGUCGCAGUGGAGGUGAAAAACGAACGCGUUGGGAAAAAACGCCAUCUGGUGCCCACAAAUCGGUACAGACGCUCAAUCCGGCAGGACGACCUCAUCUACUACACCACGUCACCGGAUUACUGUAACCCGGAUAAAUCUACAGGAUCUGUCGGGACCAAGGGCAGACGCUGUAUAAAGGGAAGUCCCACAAGUGCCGGGUGUGACUCCAUGUGCUGCGGCCGCGGGUUCAAGUCGGUGUCCAAGAUGGUGGAGGAGAGAUGUAACUGUAAAUAUAUCUGGUGCUGCUACGUCGACUGUGACAGGUGCAUCAAGAAAGUGACGGAGCACACGUGUUGGUAGUGUUCGGGUCAAGGUCAGAUGAAAAUGAUACCGAGGCUAAGGUCAAGUCUGGUCAAGGUCAAGGCCAAAUGACCUGGCACUGUGCUUACUGAGCAGUAUAGUUUUUUGUGUACUCUGAUUAUGUGUACAGACGUAUGACUGUGAUAUGUGGGAUACUGGAACCGCUGUUGUCAGAAUUUCAGAGACGAUACUCAGCUACCGCCAAGUAGACAGGCUGAUACUACUCCAUGGCCAAUACUACACGUAAAAAACCACGACAAAGACACUGCAAAAGCAUUUUCACUUUAAUGCAUCUUAUUUAAUUCCGCCUGCCAAACCUGACAGGUCAAAAGUGAAAACACUGAUUUUGGCAAUUUUACCGGUGCUUUCAAACAGUUGUCUGAAUUCAGUAUGCUACACGUAUACCCGUGUUUUUGUGUGGAAAACAGGAGGACGAAAAGUGACGUCAUGUGCUAAAAGUCGUGUUGCAGAUACAUGUAAACUAUUCACUGUUUGUUGUUCUCGUUCUUAAUCGUUGAUGUGCACUACAUGCAGAUAGAACUGAGGAGUCGCUUUUUUAGCAUUACAUGACGUCAGGACCAUGUGACGUCACCAAUGGCGGAUUGCUGGGGAAGUUUUACAGUUACUCUGUAGCUAGAACACGAACAAUUUGUACGUUUAAAGAUUUUAUGUACCUCAGUUGAACCUCUGUAUUCGCCUAAGUUGCGCGACUUUGUGAACGCAAUGAUGUAUUCUAUGCAAUGUAAACUAUACAGCUAUAGAAGACGGCAAUGUGCUGAAAUGUGAAGAUGCCUUGUUAUCACGUGAACUACAAACCACUAUGCAUCAGUAGUGAUAACUUAUAUGUCAAUUUUAAUGGAACUUAAAUUAUGAGAGAAGAGUUUCAUUAGCUCUGUAU